AUGGAAAGAUCAUCUGAACCUCCACUAGAAACAUCUUACAAGAGUCUCCUCAAUCUCUCGAAAACCGAUAAGAAACAAGGUUAUUCGGUCGAGCUCCCAAUUGUCGAGGAAUAUUCUGCAUUGCCGUUGAUCGACCUUAGCCAGCUGGACCUUGGAGAUUCUAAGAGAAAAGCGUGCGCGAAUCUAAUUGCCAAAGCUUCUCGAGAAUGGGGAUUUUUCCAAGUAGUGAAUCACGGAAUUCCGCGCGAUUUAUUAGAGAUGAUGAGGUUCGAACAAGUGAAGCUAUUUAGGAAGCCGUUCGAAGAGAAGAAAUCGUGCACGGAUUUGAGUUUCUCCGCCGGGAGUUACAGGUGGGGUUCGCCGAGUGCUACAAUGGUCGAGCAGCUUUCGUGGUCCGAAGCUUUUCAUGUACCGUUUAGCGAUGUGUUGGAUUCGGGUCGACACGACAGCCUCAGCUCGACGAUGAAGAAAUUUGCCUUCGCUGUGUCAGAAUUAGCACACACACUGGCGGACAUAUUAGCUGAGGAAAUUGGUCGCAGGACAAGAUUUUUUAAAGAAACGUGUGUAUCUAGCUCGUGCUACGUUCGACUGAACAGAUAUCUGCCAUGUCCAAUACACCCUCACAUGUUCGGGAUAAUGCCUCAUACCGACAGCUCUUUUCUCACGGUAUUACACCAGGAUAAAAUCGGAGGACUGCAAUUAGUGAAAGACGAGAAGUGGAUUGCGGUUAAACCCAAUUCCAAGGCCUUGGUUAUAAAUAUCGGAGAUUUGUUUCAGGCAUGGAGCAAUGGCUUUUACAAGAGUGUGGAGCAUAGGGUUGUGGUGAACCCGGUGAACGAGAGGUUUUCGACUGCUUACUUCUUUUGCCCGUCUCACGACACGAUCAUACAAAGUGAAGUUGAGCCGAGUAUAUAUCGAGGUUUUAGCUUCGGGGAGUUCAUGAAACAGAGAUCGGCACCGGCGUGGUUGACGAGUUUCCCAUCCAAUUUUCUCCCCCUUCCGGUGUGGCGCGUCUCCAUUCAUUUGGUGGCUUUCUGGUGGGUCCAACGACUGGGCGUCGAGCUCGCGACUGCCGGAGGCGUUCGCUACUUUGGUGGAGGAUGGGGCUAA